AUGAAGCACGGCCAAAGUUUAUCGUCGGUUAAGCACAUUUUAGGUGGAAAUGGGAUUGGUGGAGACGGCCUCUGUGCCAGCCUCAACGAGGACACAAUCGCGUUAACAGUGUGCCAGUUGCCUCCGCUGCCCUCGCCCCCGGUGACGCUACGCAAUGCAUGGAGCGAGGUUAUUUCUAUACAGUCAUUGAUAACCCAAGAGUCAAUAACUAGCGGCAGGAAACGUCAGCCUAUGGUAGACCAACCAGUGGCUCUUCCGCCAACACUCACUAGUAACGAUAAGAGAGGGAUCCAUCGAGCUGUCGACGGCUUACCGAGAGCGGCCGUUGUCUCCCACGGCCUCGCGAAGAAGAUCACACGUCAGUGUUCGCCGGUGAUAUUCACGCCAGCAAGUGAGAUUUCGGACUUCGAAAACGAUGAAAACCAGAAGGCCGGGUGCGCUUUUACGCUUUCCGGUGCCAACUUCUCGGCAGUACAAUCAUCAGAUCUCAGAGUACCCCCAGCCAGUACAGACAUCCACGGAGUGACCGGCACUCUUUUAGAUGCGAAUCCAACCGCAGCGCCUCCUUUCGCCGCAAAGAGCCCGAAUAGGUCAGCUGCAAAGCGUCCAAGCUCAGGAUUAUCAUCGCCACUACCAAAAAGGCGAAGUAUAAAUCCCUCCAAGGAUGAGAUACGCCUCGGUGACAAGGACAUCAACAUAUACAUGCGCCGCCUUGCCGAGCAGCAUGCAAUUUGUUUUUGCAACAGCUUCUUCCUUUUUCAGUACGGAACUAACAAAAACAAAUGGAAGGCUGAAGUCGGUAAUCCUUUGGAAUCCGAUUUUGUUUUCAUGCCUGUUCAUGACUCCGUUAUCGAACAUUGGUACCUGCUUGUUAUGUAUAAGAGCCCCAAAAAUGACGAUCCUCACUCGACCGACAAAAUCGUAUGUUUCCUCGAUUCCUUGGGGGGUUCGCCCUCGCUCGAAGAAAGACACCAGGUUGUUCUUUCAAAAUGGCUCGAGUAUCUCGAAGAUUGUCAGGAGACAGCUACAGUGGGAUACACUCGGGUCAAGGUUCCCCAGCAAACCAAUGAAUUUGACUGUGGAGUUUACGUCUUAGCAUUCGCUCAAAAAUUCGCCGAAAAUGCCAAAGAAUUCGCAGCUGAUAACAGGCUCGACUGGGAAGUCGACGCGUCUGAGUUCCGCAAAACAAUACAAUGCGUCCUUGACACCUACAACCCUUCUACCAACGGCUGGGCUCCCAUAUUUAAGAAGUUGAAUUUCAGGCCAGACAACGAUAGAGAAUCCGAAUCGACAGCAGAACCAGGAUCCAUUGGAGAGAAGGGGUUUUUACACUGGAAAAACGACGUCGCUGCUUCAACAGCCGAUUGUUUGGCCGGUGCCUUACCGACAGCUCAAGGAAUCUUGGCCAUUGGCUCUAUUCUGUUAGCUGAGAAAUUGCAGCGUAUCUUGAAAGAUUGGUUCAACUGCGACGGACCAUGA